CAUAAAUCGUUUGCUGUAGCGCGAAAACUUAGGAACGCUGUAGGAGAAACUGGAGAGAAGUGCGAAACCCAAUUUAUUCAAAUUUUCCAUUUUGAUUUUUCAGAUUUCGACUGUAAUUCCUUCGUCUUUAUCCUCUUUGAUUUUCUCUUCACUAAAUUCCGAUUUAUAGUAGUGUACAAAAGUAAUCAGUAAAUCCCAUGGAUGAAUCUGAAUUUCGACGCUGUCUUCAGCUCUUUCCUGUCGUCCGAUCUCGCGAUUAUCACAUGGAUUUGGAUGGUUCGAGGCAAUCAACUUCUCUGUCUGCACAAACUGAGGUGGAGUGGGAAGAUGCAUGGGAUGGUGAUAAUGAUAGAGAAGCAUUUUGGGACAAACUAAAGUUGGCUGCCACAGAGAAGAUGGGUCCAGCUGAAGCAGAAAGAUUUUGCAAGGCAUUUCAACGGGUUUAUAAUAAACUUGUUUAUGAAGAACUGACGCUAGAUGCUGCUCGGAAGUUCGUAAACUCUUCAGGAUCUUCUGGAAAAUAGCUGUUGACGACCUGUGCCUAUACGUUUAUGUAUGUAGCACCGUAACUUGUUAUGGAUGAUGAAAUAGUAAUUUGAGUUAACAGAUGUCUUCUCUUUGAAUGAUCAGUGUUUAUUGGUGGUUUUUUUCCCCAGUAAAAAAGAAUUUUAUAUUUGUUUUUAUACACUAUAUUUUUCUUUUGUUUUUU